GCUACAACUAAUAGACAUUAACCAUAAAGUACAAAAAUGUCUGAUAAGGUACCUGCUUGGAAACGUAUUGGGUUAAAAGUUAAGAAGGAGUUAGAGGAAGAUCCUCUUGCUAUUAGUCAACAUUUAUCUGACUCUAAUCUUACUAAUAAUGAUAUUAAGAAAUUAAACAAACAGAAGAGACAGUUAGAAACUACUAAGAAAGAUGGUAAUAAGAAGCCACCAAAACGAGUUAAAUUACCCAAGGAAGAAAGAGGUCCACCACCAGUUAAAGAUCAAUUAACAUAUUUGAGGCAGUUUGCUAAAGAUCGAGACAAUUGGAAGUUCAGUAAACAGAAACAGAACUGGAUCUUAAAGAAUUUAAAAAGUGUUCCAUCUGAUUAUGAAGAUGAUCUUAUUACUUAUCUAGAAGGUUUACAAGGUGGAUCUAGAAGUCGAAUAAUAGAUGAAAUGAAAGCUGAGAUUGUUAAGUGGAAUAAAUUGGCUGAAGAUGUAGAAGCUAAGAUAGAGAGAGAAAUCGAGCUGAAAUUGAAUGGUGAGAAACAGGAAGAAGAAGCUAAAGAAGAAAAAGAAGAAAAGGAAGAAGAUAAAGAUAAACCAGAGCUUUCUACGGUGUUAAGAUACAAGCGAAUACUAUCGGUGAUGACAGACGAGGUGAUUGAGAUAAAGGGAGGAGUGACCGAGGAGAAAAAGGAGGAAGAAGAGGAAAAAGAAGAAGUUGAAAUAGAAGCUGAAGAGUCGGCAGAUUCAAGUACAGGAUCUGAUUCAGACUCAAAUUCAAACUCAGACUCAGACUCAGAUACAGGCUCAGACUCAGACUCAGAUGCAGAGUCACAGUCAGCUCAAUCCCGCAACUCCAACUCCGACUCCGACUCGGACUCCGACUCAGACUCAGACUCAGACAACUUACUCAUAGACGAAGUAGACGUCGACUAAACACACAUCCACUAAGUAGACUAAACGGCAUAUAGCGUAGAUAGACAAACUCAUACAGAAUUAUACAGUAGUCGCCAGACACAUUCCGCACCG